AUGUCUGAUAUUCGUAAUUAUUUCAAAAAAAGUCCAACAUUAAAUAAAAAACGUACUCGAGAACAAAUUGAUGAUGAAGAAAUUAUUCCUGUAUCAAAAUCUAAACCAAAAUUAUCGACUAAAACUUCAAUGGAAAAAGUUGUAUCACAAACAAAAACUAAUAUUAAUACAACACCACAGAAAAAAUUGAAAAUACAAGAAAUUGAUCCAAUUGAAAAGAGAAAACGUUCGGAAAAUUAUAAAUCAUUUAUGAAUCGAGGUGGACCUGAUGCACCAGGUUCAAAAACAAUUCCAGAUGGAGAAAAAAAUUGUUUGAAAAAUUUAACAUUUGUUAUUUCUGGCGUACUCGAAUCAUUAGAACGUGAUGAAUGUAAAAAAUUAAUAGAAAAAUAUGCUGGUCGAGUAACAAUAACAAUUAGUGGAAAAACAAAUUAUCUUAUUGUUGGUCGUGAUGCUAGUGAAGCAAAAACAGAUAAAGCUCGACAAACAAAUAUUAAGAUUAUUUCUGAAGAUGAUCUUUUUGAAAUGAUUCGUACACGUCCGGGUGAUGAAAGUCCAUCUAAAAAACAAUUAUCUACAACAUCAAAAUCAUCUUCAAUGACAGUAAAACGAAAAUCUUCUUCAACUGUAAGUCAGUCUAUAGAUGAUCCCGGUCCUAUAAUAACACCAAAAAUAUCUGUUGAUGAAUCAAAUUUAUUAUGGGUUGAUAAAUACAAACCACAAACAAUAAAACAUCUUAUCGGACAACAAGGUGAAAAAUCGUGUGUUCAAAAAUUAAUUAUAUGGUUACGUGAUUGGUAUAAACAUCAUGGUCAUAGUGAUGAAAAAGUUAAAGCAAAGUCAUCAUUUACAUUUAAUCGUAAUGAAGAUCCAACUAUGUUUAAAGCUGCUUUACUUAGUGGUCCACCUGGUAUUGGUAAAACUACAACUGCUCAAUUAGUUUGUCAACAUUUAAAUUUUGAAUAUAUUGAAAAAAAUGCAUCAGAUCAACGAUCAAAAAAAUCAAUGACUAAUCUAUCGAGUGAUACAUAUAGUGUUGUAAAUUUUUCAAAUAAAACAUCAUCUCUAUCUAAAUAUGUUUUAAUUAUGGAUGAAGUGGAUGGUGUAUCAGGUAAUGCAGAUCGUGGUGGUAUACAAGAAUUAAUAUUAUUAAUAAAACGAACUCGUAUACCAAUUAUAUGUAUAUGUAAUGAUCGACAACAUAAAAAAAUUCGUUCAUUAGCUAAUUAUUGUUAUGAUUUACGUUUUCAUCGUCCAACAAUUCAACAAAUUCGUGCUGGAAUGUUAACUAUUCUUCAUCGAGAAAAUAUACAAAAUAUAAAACAAGAAAUUUUAGAUGAAAUAAUUGAAUCAUGUAAUCAUGAUAUUCGUCAAAUAAUACAUACAUUAAAUCUUUGGUCUAUUCGAAAUAUUACAAAUACAAAUAAAAUAGCAGCAAAAAUGAUUGAAAAAACAAGAAAUACUAAUCCAUUUGAAUUAUGUCGUUUAUCAUUUUCGGAUGAAUAUCGUGAAAAAUCUUUAACAGAUAAAAGUGAUCUUUUCUUUUAUGAUUAUCAAUUAAUACCAUUAUUAAUUCAAGAAAAUUAUUUACAAUGUCAACCUCAUCUAUCAACUUUGAAUAAACAAAAACGAACGUUAACUGAUAUUGAACAUUUAAAUUUAAUAUCAAAAGCUGCUGAUAGUAUAUCUUUAGGUGAUAUAUGUUCACAAAUGAUUUUUAGUAAAAAUGAAAGUUGGUCUCUUUUACCUUAUCAAGCUAUUUUUUCAACUGUUGCACCAUGUUCAUAUGUUCGUGGUCAUCUUCGUAGUAUGGUUAAUUUUUCAUCAUAUUUUGGUCAACGUUCUCGUACAAAUAAAAAUGAACGAUUAUUAAAUGAAAUUGAAAAACAUAUUUGUUUAAAAAUUGCAUCAACAAAUAAACAACAAUUUAAUCUUGAUUAUUUAUCUUAUUUAAGUCAAGCACUUAUAUCACCAUUAAAAAAUUUCAAACAAGACAAAGGUAUUGAACAAUGUAUUUCAUUACUUGAUGAUUAUUAUCUUAAUCGUGAUGAUUUUCAAACAAUUAUUGAAUUAAAUACAUGGUCAAAAACAGGUCGAAAUCAAUAUGAACAACUUGAUACACAAACAAAAUCUUUAUUAACAAGAAAUUAUAAUAAAACAAAUCAUCGUACACCAUAUACAAUGAUUGAUAUGAAAAAAAUUAAAAAAUCUAAAGGUCUUAUGGAUGAAGAAAGUGAUGAUGAACAACAAGAAGAAAAUAUUAUUACAGAUGAUAAUAACAUAGAAGAAGAUGCUAUGAUUAAACCAGCUAAAAAACCAAUAAUCAACAAUCCGAAAAAAAAGUCUCGAAUGAAAUAA